AUGUGCAAAUUGUUUGCUCUUGGGAGCGGCAUUUACAGAGCAAAAUCAAUCGCAGUCUCGCCCCAGUUGUCUGACUGUCCGGUCUGUGAGAUGGACAAGUGCUUCCUGCGCGUCGAGGGCAUGACCUGCGCCUCCUGCGUCGCGGCCAUCGAAAAUCAUGUAAAAAGGUGUCAUGGCGUGGACAAAGCCCUGGUGGCGCUUCUGUCCGGGCGGGCCGAGAUUGUUUACGACCCUAGACUGGUGAGCCCAGAGGAAAUCGCCGAGGUCAUCUCUACAAUUGGCUACAGGGCGACGGUGGACGCCAAGGCAGGAAAAAAGAGGGCCUCUCUCGAGCUCAUGAUAUCAUUGAUGGGGAAUGCAUCGUGUUCGUUUGACGUGAUCGAGAGCCGCGUGCUGACCCUGCCAGGAGUUUCAAAAGCGGCUUUCGACCCUGACACAAGGGUGGGCACCUUUGAAUUCAGUCUGGACUCUUGCUCGGCCAGGCAAAUCGUCAACGCGCUCGAGGCUGAAGGCUUCUCAGUCGAGCCCAUCGUCAAGUCCGCCAAGCAGAUUUAUUGCCAGCAAAUGGAGUCGGCCAAGUGGCGCAAAACCUUUCUGCUCUGCGUAUUUUUCGGCGUGCCGACCAUUCUGGUGAUGAUGUACUUCAUGUGGGUGGCUGACCAUGGUGACGGAGACGAAAUCGUUUUCCCUGGCCUGUCCACGGAGAACCUGCUGCUCUUUUUGCUCUCCACUCCUGUCCAGUAUUUUGGAGGGCGGCGUUUCUACUCGCGUGCCUGGCUCGCCCUGAGACACGGACUGACCAACAUGGACGUGCUGAUAACCAUGGCCACGUCGAUUUCCUACACCUACUCGGUGGUGGUGGUCAUCCUGUCCAUGGCCACCGCAGGACACACCAGGUCGAUGACCUUCUUCGACGUGCCACCCAUGCUCUUCAUCUUCGUGUCGCUCGGACGAUGGCUGGAAAGUAUUGCAAAGGGGAAAACGUCCGAGGCCCUUUCAAAACUGCUCUCGAUGGCGCCUCGUGAGGCCCAUCUCAUAACCCUGGGUCCGAACGCGGAGGUGACGUCAGAGAGGAUGAUGUACGUCGACUUCAUCGUGGCCGGCGACGUCCUGAAGGUGCUCCCUGGCGAGAAGGUGCCCGUCGACGGCAAGGUGCUGCUCGGCAACUCCAGGGUCGACGAGUCGCUCAUCACCGGCGAGUCCAUGCCGGUCGCCAAGUCAAAAGGCUCGAUGGUGAUUGGAGGGUCGAUUAACGAGAACGGGCUGCUGUUGAUGCGGGCGACGCACACGGGCGAGAUGACGAUGCUGUCGCAAAUCGUGCAGUUGGUCGAGGACGCGCAGACCUCGAAGGCGCCGAUCCAGAAGAUUGCAGACAACAUCGCGGCUUUUUUCAUUCCCUUCGUGCUGUUCGUCUCCCUGGCCACCCUGGUCGGCUGGAUUGUCGCCGGCUUCAUCGACAUUUCCUACCUGCCAAUCAAGUUGUCUGACAAGGAGGACGUGGUGCAGUUCGCGUUCCAGUGCGCGCUGAGCGUGCUGGCCAUCGCGUGUCCCUGCGCCCUGGGCCUGGCCACGCCGACCGCCGUCAUGGUCAGCACGGGCGUUGGUGCCCAGAACGGCAUCCUGGUCAAAGGCGCCGAGACGCUCGAAAAGGCCCACAAGAUUGACACGAUUGUGUUUGACAAAACUGGCACCAUAACUGAGGGUAAGGCCGUCGUGUCUGCAAUUUAUCUGCGCACCAAGGAGUCGAUUCUGUCCUUUGCACAUAUUGUCGCAAUUCUGGGAAUUGCUGAAAGCGGCAGCGAACAUCCAAUAGGAAAAGCAAUCACGAAUUACACCCGAGAACUGAUCGACGAGGGCGGGCACAUUGGUCUGGCAGAGGAAUUCGUGAUCCAGCCUGGUCAGGGUCUUAAGUGCGUUGUCUCGGACAUCGAGAACUUAGCCAGAAGAAUUUCGCCCAAGCUUUCCUAUCUAAAAUCGUUGAGUUCCGACAGGAGGGUGGCCGGUGCGGAUGUGAUUUAUCUGAGUUCGUCCAUUCAAUCCGAGUUCAUUGACCAGUUGUUUGAGACCGUGUUCAGGGACGGAGGGGACUCGUACGAGGUGCACGUCGGCAACCGCGAGUGGAUGAUGCUCAACGACAUCGUCAUCACCGACGACGUCGACGAAAAAAUGACCAAAGAGGAGCACAGCGGCCGCAUUUCAGUUCUUCUCGCAAUAAAUGGUUCAGUAGUGGCUGUGGUGUGCGUGUCGGACAGGAUUAAGCCCGAGUCGCAUUUGGCCGUGCAUACUUUGAAGAAAAAGGGCAUCGAGGUGAUCCUCCUGACUGGCGACAACGUGCGCACCGCCAACUCCGUAGCUCGGCAGGCGGGCAUCACGGAGGUCAUAGCUGAAGUGCUGCCCUCCCAAAAGGUUGCAAAAAUUCGGGAGCUGCAGGCAAAUGGCAAAAAGGUAGCGAUGAUUGGCGAUGGCGUCAACGACUCGCCGGCGCUGACCCAGGCAGACGUGGGAAUCACCAUCGCCAGCGGCACCGACGUCGCCAUGGAAGCGGCGGACGUUGUCCUCAUGAGGGACGACCUCCUGGACAUUAAUACCUUCCUGAAGCUGUCCCGGGUGACCGUGCGGCGUAUUUGGAUCAACUUCGUGUUCGCCAGCGUGUACAACCUGAUCGGCAUCCCGAUCGCCGCCGGCGUCUUCUCGGCGUACGGCCUCCUCCUGCAGCCGUGGAUGGCCUCGGCGGCGAUGGCCCUCAGCUCCGUCUCUGUCGUCCUCUCCUCGCUGCUACUCAAAGGGUUCAAAAAGCCCAAGAGGAAAGUGCUGGUUGACGAGAAGUACGUGGAGCCGUACAAAAGUCUUUUCAAAAGGAUGGAGAACAAUGGCGUCAUCUUGCUUAAUGUGCAGGACCUCGAGUCUGCAUGA